UUUAUUUUAAGCAGAAAACCUUUUUUUCAGACCUUUGUUGUUGAAUGUUGAAUCUUUUUUUAAGUUGUGAGUAUUUAUUCCCUUGCCUUAAUAAAAAUAGCAGAGUGAACAUAAUUAGAUCUGAGAUGAAUCUUGGUAGAUUGCUUUUUGUGGGGCAAUUGUUCCAAUCGGCAAUCAUCAGCCAGCUUUUAUUCUAUGAUACUAUAGAAAAAAUAUAGGAGGAUUGGUGUGUAUGUAUGUCAGAGGUGCUGUAGCUGAUGACUUUGGGCCAGUGAUAGGGAGCUGCAGAGGUUGGGUCCAACUGAGUUCUCUCUUCGGCUUACAAAUGUCCAUCCACAAUCAUCACUGUAACAUUUAUGAUCAAAUGACACCCAGUCACUCUUUUCUAUCUUCUGCUCAGUAGGAAAGCAGGGAUUAGAACCAUGGCAUUCCAGAUAACGAUAGAAGAUAAGAGCUGGGAGGCUUCUCAGAGAUCCAGUCCAUUAUCCUUCAUUUAAAGAAGUGGAAGGCCUAAGAACAGGAAAUGACUUGCCUAACAUCACAUACUGGGAGCCAAAGGAUCUAAGCUGGAAGGAACCUUCCCACAGAAUGCCUUCUCCACCAAAGAGCGACCUACAGGCAACAAAGAUGAGAGCCACACUAGGACUUUGGAAACCACUAACAUUUCAGUAGCUGGGAGCUUGUGGGUGACGUUUUCCCCUUCACCCCACCCACCGCCUCUGCCUUGGGCCGCAAUGGUGUAUUGAUCACAAGAAGAACCACGCUUUGUCCUUGAGUUUCGGCGGAUUGGGGUUUUGUAUGGCAGCAGCGUAACCGUGGAGAGGCCAGGGUAUCACAAACUUAUGGAUUUUGACAAGAGAGGAGGGAAAGGGGAGACAGAGGAAGGCAAAAGAAUGGCCAAGACAGGGGGGGGAAGGAACACCCAUGGCUGUCGGAAUUCGGGGACCAACUCGGGAGUCUUAAUGGUGGGCCCAAAUUUCCGGGUUGGAAAGAAGAUUGGAUGUGGCAAUUUCGGGGAGCUCCGACUAGGAAAGAAUCUCUAUACAAAUGAAUACGUAGCUAUCAAAUUGGAACCUAUAAAGUCCCGAGCCCCGCAGCUGCAUCUGGAGUACCGGUUUUACAAACAACUUGGCAGUUCAGGUAAGAUGGACUCCGGGUCAGGGACUGCCUCACAGGAGCCAGGGCAGGCAGUAUCGGGGUUGAAGAAAUAUUUUACUAGUCUGAGAGCCAAGACACCCAUGUUCCAGGCCCAGCCCUGCUCUGUGACCCUGGAAGGGAUUCCUCAGGUUUACUACUUUGGCCCGUGUGGGAAAUACAAUGCCAUGGUGCUGGAGUUGCUGGGACCCAGCCUGGAAGACCUGUUUGACUUGUGCGAUCGGACAUUCACUCUGAAAACUGUGCUGAUGAUAGCUAUCCAGCUGAUCACACGGAUGGAAUAUGUCCACACCAAGAGCCUGAUAUACCGUGACGUGAAGCCGGAGAACUUCUUGGUGGGCCGGCCGGGAAGCAAGCGCCAACAUACCAUCCACAUCAUCGACUUUGGCCUGGCCAAGGAGUACAUCGACCCCGAGACCAAAAAGCACAUCCCCUACCGUGAGCACAAGAGCCUGACGGGCACGGCGCGCUACAUGAGCAUCAACACCCACUUGGGGAAAGAGCAGAGUCGGCGGGAUGACCUGGAAGCACUAGGACACAUGUUCAUGUAUUUUCUCCGUGGAAGCCUUCCUUGGCAAGGUCUUAAGGCAGACACUCUGAAAGAACGUUACCAGAAGAUUGGGGACACCAAGAGAGCGACGCCGGUUGAGGUCCUCUGUGAGAACUUCCCAGAGGAGAUGGCCACAUACCUGCGCUAUGUGCGACGGCUGGAUUUCUUUGAGAAGCCCGACUAUGACUAUCUGCGGAAGCUCUUCACGGACCUUUUUGACCGCCAUGGAUUCGUGUUUGAUUAUGAAUAUGAUUGGGCUGGAAAACCCCUGCCAACCCCAAUUGGCACCAUCCACAGUGAUGUCCCUGUCCAGCCAGUGAACCGGGACAAGAAUCAGUCCCACAUCAAACACCAGGUGAUGAGCUCCACCAACGGUGAACUAAACACUGAUGAUCCCACAGCCGGCCACUCCAACGCCCCCAUCACGGCCCCUGCGGAAGUGGAGGUGGCCGACGAAACAAAGUGCUGCUGUUUCUUCAAGAGGAGGAAGAGGAAAUCCACCCAGCGGCACAAGUGAGCCUUUGGGGCCCAGGCGGACCGACCGGAGCUCUGUCGUCUCCAACCUUUCUGGCCCCAGAGAUGGCGGGUGGCCCCUGCCUGUUGGCCCUGCCUCCUGCAGCCGGGGCAGGGGGUGGCCAGGAGAGGCCAGGAACAGAGAAGCCCGGGGAGUUAGGGGGACCGCUAGCCCCAGCCCCCGCGCCCCCCCCCCCCCUGGGCCCAGGGGUCACCUACUCCAAGCAAGACUUUGGCAGAAAUUCCUACAUCUGUGUCUCGUCCAGUCCACCUUGAGAGCGCUAACUAUUUAGAAACCACACACCGAGGAACGAACCGAAGCCCACAAAGAAAGCACUUCCCACCCCCACCCCUUCCCUUCACCCUUCAGUUUGAGGUUUGACUUGCGUGCAUCAGGGGUCCCUCGCAGACUCUGCCUCCACGUGUGCGCUUAGGUCUAAGGUGAAGCCUGGGGGGGCCCCGCCUCGGCCCUCUGCAGCGUGACCUUCACCACUUAGUGUUAUAAAACCCAGCCUUUUUUUCCUUCCUCUUUCAGAAAGGCUAUUUUAUCAUGGUGGGGGGAGGGAGGGAGGAGGCAGCUUCUCUGUUGCGGAGGCGCCGCCCCCCUCCCCUCGGAUGUCAUGUCACCCGUGCACUUUGAUCAUCCAGUGGUUCUGGGGGCAGAAGCUAGGAGCGAGAGGAGGGAGGUGGGGAGAGAGCCCCCAGCCCCUCUGGGAGACGGCUGGGGGAGUCUGAAACCAAAGGGAAGGGGGAACCGCUCCCCGCAGUUGGGGAAGUAGAUGCCACCCCAAGGUCUCACCCCAUGCAGGGUGGCCCGAGCUGCUCUGCACGCUCUUCCCCACCCCCACCCUAAUCGGAGCCAAAAAUGCUGCACCAAAGCCCCGGGGAAUUUGGGUCUCCCCUGGAAGGGCAGGAUGGGGAGCAGCCGAGGCCCCUCUCACACUCCCAUCCACCUCGGGGAAAGGCGAGCUCAGCCGGCUGUACCCCAGCAGGGCGGCGCGGCCUGGCGAGCAGCCAGCAGAGGUCUGCAGUGGGUGCUCAGGCCCCCUUGGGGGACCCUGGGACGAGGCACGGGGCCUGAAGCACCCUUGCCCUCAGUGCUGUCCCAAACCCCGCUCCUCUCUCCCCCCCCCCCCCCCCCCCCCCCCCCCCCCCCCCCCCCCAAUCGGUUCUCCUGCUCAGCAAAGGCUGUCCAGGCCAGCCUGUGUCCUCCUCCCUCCCUUGCCCUGCCAGUGUCAGGGGACAGCGGCUCCUGUAUCACCCCUCCCCCAGGUGGCUCUCUAAGAGCUGGUGACGCGCACUGGGCGGUCCCCCCUCCCCAGCCAGCGCCAAGGACGACAAAACGCCUUAAGACCCUGGCCCCUAGAGAGGGUCCGAGGACGAGUACAUGUGGCUGGGGAAGGAGGGGCGCCAGUCCCUGGUGGCCACAGCAAACAAACCUAAACCCGGGCGCCCUUUCACCUCCUCCUCCCCCAAGGAAACGGUCCAAGGGAGCAUUGGCCCAGUCUGUACAUGAAUCUCUGCCUGUCGAGUCUCACUUCUUUUGGUCCAUGUGUCUGGCUUGGCUGAAGAGCAGCGGCUUGAGGCUAGAAGGUGUCUCCCUGUUCCAGACCCGAGUCCCAGCGUCGAGAUCGUACCUGCGCAGCUCCACAGCAGGCAAGCAAGCGUCCUUGUGAGUUUAGUUACUGCUUUACAAAGUGUACAGAAAUGGCAUUUACAUUUCUCUGAUGCUUCCUGGAAGCCAUAGAAUUUA